GAAGAAGCACUCUCAUUUGAAACUUGAAGGCAGCAGCACAUACAGGAGGUUAAAUGCCACCAAAGUGAUGUGCAUAAAGUUGAGGAAGAGCAGAAAGUCAUAUAGGCCUUUUCCAUAAAAGGAUGUUAUGGUACUCUUUCUGCUGCUCGCUAUACUUAUUUAUUUUCUUUAAGUAAGUCUAAGUCUACCUUAUAGUCUGUCCUAUUACUAAAUUUAAUUUCUUGUAGUACAAAUCCGCAUUUUUUACGUAUAGGGUAAUCUUCCAAAAGGUUUUCUGUACUAUGUCAAUCGCCCCUCCUGGUGAGGGAGGGCUGUGACGCCCUAACCCUUGUGUCGGAAAUGGGAGGGAGUCAUAUGCAGAGAGCUGAUAAUCGUGAGAAGAACAAAUGCGCACGUAACUCUGCUAGAAAGAGCAUGAAUCCAUGACCAAGCAUCUUGUUCGUUCGGAUCGGGCAAAUGAACGGAUUAAUUAAUGAUAAUUAAGAGGUAAUGAAUCCCGCCACACAAGUCGAUUCAAUCUUUCAUCUUAAAAGGUGGAACAUCUUUUGGCUAAACAUAAAGGUGAUGACCACCGCGGAGCACUUUCCAAACUGUCCUGACUACAGCCAGGUUCUUCACCAUUCCCACCUCUCGUAGAAGACCAGCACUCUGCCGAAGGGUUUGUGCGCCACCAUACUGCCCUCUGCCGACUCAUUCCAGAAAGAUGAACCAUCAGAUAUAUAUACACUACAAUUACACUGGUAAACUGGAUAAUCGCAAGGAAAAGUUAAAUGGGACAACUGAUCCAAAAAUUAUCACCUUCCUCAUCAUCUGUUGUGUGAUUGUCUUAGAAAACGUCGUUGUUCUGGUGGCAAUAUGGAAAAAUCAUAAACUCCAUAACAGAAUGUAUUUCUUCAUCGGAAAUCUAGCCUUGUGUGACCUUCUGGCGGGUGUAGCCUACAUAGUGAACUUGUUAAUGUCUGGAGAGAAGACGCUUCAACUAUCGCCGGAAUUGUGGUUCUUACGGGAGGGGAGCAUGUUUGUGGCACUGGGCGCUUCCAUUUUCAGCCUGCUAGCAAUUGCAAUUGAGAGACAUUUAACUAUGAUCAAGAUGAGACCAUAUGAUGCCAAGAAAAACUACAGAGUUUUCUUACUUAUAGGCACCUGCUGGCUGAUUGCCAUUUUACUGGGAGUUUUACCCAUCCUCGGUUGGAACUGUCGUGAAAACCUCCCCGACUGUUCCACUAUCUUGCCUCUCUACUCAAAGAAAUAUGUGGCUUUCUGCAUCACAAUCUUUAUGGCCCUUUUGCUUGCAAUAUCAGUGCUGUACGCUCGCAUCUACACGCUGGUAAAGUCUAGCAGUCGUAAAGUCACCAUGCAUAGCAACUCAGAGAGAUCAAUCGCGCUUCUGCGUACUGUUAUCAUAGUGGUCGGCGUUUUCAUCGCCUGCUGGACUCCUAUUUUCGUUCUAUUGCUAGUUGACGUGGCGUGCGAGCAUCGCCGCUGUUCCGUGCUGCUCAAGGCCGACUGGUUCAUCGGCUUGGCUAUGCUCAACUCGGCCAUGAACCCAGUCAUAUACACCCUAGCAAGUAGGGAAAUGCGCCGCGCGUUUUUCUGUCUAGUGUGUGGUUGUCUCACCAAAGGCAAUUCUUCCAGUGCCAAACCAGUAUCGGAGCCGAGUCGGAGCAAGUCCAGUACCAGCCACAGGCCAAACGACCAGGAAAAUCCAAAGGUCAUUGUGCAGCAGAGCCCGACAUCUCAGGGGCAGCUUCCGUUGGAGAGGAAUGUUUAGCGGCUACUGAGUGGAGAUCUCAUUUAUCAUACCUCAUUAUCUAUCUUAAGAGAAUGUCACAAACAUUGCACAUGCAUCUGAAGACUGCAAUUAGUCUCAGAUUUAGAUCAGGUAAAGCCACACCUGAGUGUGUCUUGCACAUGAAAUGACUAUUGUCUAUAUUUGGUUUUGCAUUUGACAAGAGCCCUUGAUCCUUGGGUAAAUGAUGGAUCUGUAAAGUUGGUAAUGUACUGUAUCUGUCAGUAUACACAGGAAUAAUUAUGUCAUUGUAGCCUACUGUAGCGUAGGCCUGUGUCUUCCACUAUUUUAGCAUGCAUAAUAUUUACCUGAAUCCUAUGCCUUGAAUAGGACUGAAGCAUUCAUUACAAUCAUUACAGGUCUCAGAUAACUGAUGACUAGUUAUGUUGGCCUCAAAAAAUGAUA